AUCGCCAAUAUUAGUCGAGCCCAGGGAGGAUACUACAGAUGUAAUGCUACAAACUUCAUGGAACCCACGGGAUAUGACUCUACCGUUGGCAACAGUUACAAUACAGUCUACAUUGAUGUACAAUAUGAGGCAGAAGUGACGAAUUUUACAUUAUCGAAUGUUGAUCACGGGCAAACCUUUGAAAUAAAUGAAAACACACAAGUCAAAUUUUAUUGCCGAGCUCAAGGCAAUCCAUUAUCAAAAAUGGGAUUGUAUAAACAAAGUGAAGGUUUGAAGACAGCGAGUAAUACAAACGAAUUGGAAUUCACGAUCAGCAGUAGUGAGUGUGAGGACGAUGGCACUUACCAGUGUUCAGCACAAAAUAUACACAAUGCUCAAGCUGAUGUCAGGUCCUUGACGCUAUUUGUUAGAUUUACGCUAGUAGCCUUUCCACGACCACGUGUGGCGGACUUUGUUUGGGAAAAGGAAGGUUCACGUCUUGAUACGUGGCAUAUCGUUUCUAAUGACACAGACAUCAACAUACUGAUUUCAGAAGACGGUCUUCAAACUAAACUAUCCUUCAGUUCCAUAAAGCAAAAAGAUUUCGGGUUUUAUCGCGUGCGUGUGAGCAACAAACUUGGACAGUUUAUUGGAACGUUUAGACUGCAGGCGCCAGUGCGUCCUCAUACCCCUUCUAAUUUGCAACAUUUUAAAAAAGCCACCGUUGACACGAUCUACAUUGUCUGGACUCCCGCGUAUGACGGAGGUCUGUCCCAAACGUUUCACGUAGAAUAUAGGGAAGCUGGAACUUCUGUCUGGGGGGAAACUGAUGUUAUCGCUGGAAACAUCAACCACACCAUUGUUGGAUUAAAUCAAGAUACAACGUACGAAAUAAGAGUAUAUUCAACAAAUGUUAUCGGUAGAUCAGUUUCAUCAGAGGUGAUCACUAUUACCACAUUGAAAAGGCCGGAAACUAAUUCUGAUGCUGGUACAGUUGUUGGCGGUGCUGUUGGCGCAAGUAUCGGAGCAGUCUUGGUCGUACUAGUCGUCCUGGUUAUUCUUAGACGGAAGUUUGCAGUGAAUUGUAACGUUGUACGAAAAAUAGAUUUUCCUGCUGGGCAAAACGUACCCGACACAGACAGUCCUGGAUGUAACGCAGCUCAGACGUACGACGAAGUUUCCAUGACAAAUAACGCAUCGCAUUACGAUGUUCUAAGUACGUAG